GGAAGCACAGCGGCCGGCGCCAGACAGCCCUUCCCACCAGCACCACAGACCCAGGUCCCAGCAGGAUGUCGGACACUGAGGAGCAGGACUAUGAGGAGGAGCAGGCUGAAGAGGAGGAGCCCGCCGAGGAGGAGGAAGCCCCCGAGGAGCCGGAGCCGGAGGCAGAGCGAGAAGAGGAGCGUCCCAAACCAAGCCGUCCAGUGGUUCCUCCCUUGAUCCCCCCUAAGAUCCCAGAAGGGGAGCGCGUGGACUUCGAUGACAUCCACCGCAAGCGCAUGGAGAAGGACCUCCUGGAGCUGCAGACGCUUAUCGACGUGCACUUCGAGCAGCGCAAGAAGGAGGAGGAGGAGCUGGUGGCGCUGAAAGAUCGCAUUGAGCGGCGCCGGGCCGAGAGGGCCGAGCAGCAGCGCUUCAGGACGGAGAAGGAGCGUGAGCGGCAGGCCAAGCUGGCGGAGGAGAAGAUGCGGAAGGAGGAGGAGGAGGCCAAGAAGCGCGCGGAGGAUGACGCCAAGAAAAAGAAGGUGCUGUCCAACAUGGGGGCGCAUUUUGGAGGCUACCUGGUCAAGGCAGAGCAGAAGCGCGGGAAGCGGCAGACCGGGCGGGAGAUGAAGCAGCGGAUCCUGUCGGAGCGGAAGAAGCCCCUGAACAUCGACCACAUGGGCGAGGAGCAGCUCAGGGAGAAGGCCCAGGAGCUGUCCGACUGGAUCCACCAGCUGGAGUCUGAGAAGUUCGACCUGAUGGCGAAGCUGAAGCAGCAGAAAUACGAGAUCAAUGUGCUGUACAACCGCAUCAGCCACGCCCAGAAAUUCCGGAAAGGCGCAGGAAAGGGCCGCGUCGGAGGCCGCUGGAAGUGAGGAAGUCAGGAUGCGACCCCCUGGGGCCCCGGGAGCUGUCAGAGAGUUCGUCUCAUCUGUGACUUGAAAUAAAUGGCCCCCUACGGCCC